AUGUCUUCUCUCUCGAAUUCUCCACCACAUUCAUUUCCUUCCUCCCUUUUCUAUUCGCAUCUAUCUAUCUAUCUAUCUAUCUAUCUAUCUAUCUAUCUAUCUAUCUAUCUAUCUAUCUAUCUAUCUUUAUAUAUUACAUAUAUCUUUAUAUCUAUCAGUUCAUAUUUGCUCAUAUCUCUCCAUUUUUCUCUUUAUCUAUCUAUCUAUCUAUCUAUCUAUCUAUCUAUCUAUCUAUCUAUCACGCUUUUAUUCUCUUUCUACUCAUCAUCAUUAUUAUUGCUUUUUUCUUUUCACCCUUCUUCUGGUUUUUGUUCGUCUUCUUUUUCCUCUGCCUUCUCUUUUUUCUUCACGUUAUUUCCUAUUAGGAUACUUCUCUUCAUCCCCCCUCCUCUUAAUUCUACGCUCACUUCUCACCUUUUUCUAUCCUAUUUCCACUUAUUUCUCCUUCUUCUGCUCUCACUCCUAACUCUUCUUUGUCUUUCUUUCUUUCUUUCUUUCUUUCUUUCUUUCUUUCUUUCUUUCUUUCUUCUUCUCUCGCCUCUUACUUCUCCUCCUACCUGUCUUGGACUGAGGAGAGAAUAA